GGGUGUGUCGUAGCGGGCCAGUGGCUCCGCGUCUCUCCCUGAACCAGGGCCCGAGCAGCGGAUGAUUUCAGAGUGAACCCGCCUCCGAGCAGCAGACUAACCGCGGGAGGGGAAUGGCGGUCUGGACCCGAGCGGACAAAAACGGCCAACUGGACCUUCUGCUCCGGGACCGCUGGAUCCGAGUGUCCGCCGAGCUCACCCGGGAGACGCUGACUCUGACGGCCGAGGCGGAGGUGUCCGGACCGGGGGGGAACCACUGGGACAACUCCUCCGCGGGCCUGCGGAAUGGCAUCUCCAACGGAAACGACCCGGGCACGAGUCCGGGGAACUCCGGCCGCGGUCCGGACCCACUCCAGAGCCAGAACCCCGGGGGUCGGGGGCGCAGCUCCAGCCCCGGACGAGGGGGUGUCAGCCGGGGUCAACACGACGGAAACUACAGCCCCGGAAAGUACCCGAACAACGGCACAAACUCUGAGUUCGGAAGUCCCGGCUCCAGCUACGGCAGUCCGGGCUCCAGCUUCGGGUCGAGGCAGGGAGACCUUCCCGUGAGUCUGGACGGAUCCUCGGAGGCGGUGCGGAAGGUCCGGGUUGUCAAACAGGAGUCCGGCGGGCUGGGGAUCAGCAUCAAGGGGGGGCGAGAGAACCGGAUGCCUAUCCUCAUCUCCAAGAUCUUCCCGGGGCUGGCAGCCGACCAGAGCCGGGCUCUCCGGGUGGGGGACGCGAUCCUGUCGGUGAACGGGAACGACCUCCGGGAGGCGACGCACGACCUGGCGGUGCAGGCGCUGAAGAAGGCGGGGAAAGAGGUGACGCUGGAGGUGAAGUACAUCCGCGAGGUGUCUCCGCUCUUCAAGAAGCCGUCCCUGGUGGCCGACCUGCCGUGGGACGGCGUCCGGCCGCAGUCGCCCAGCUACAGCGGCAGCGAGGACUCGGGGUCGCCCAAGCACAGCGGCUCGUCCUCCUCCAAAGACAAGAAGGUCAUCAGCCUGAGGAUGUGCUUCAUCAGCAGGAACCUCACCAUGCCGGAUCUGGAGAGCAGGCUCCUGGAGCUCCACUCCCCCGACGGCCAGCACACGGUGGUGCUGCGCUGUAAGGACGGCCCCUCCGCCUCCGCCUGGUUCACCGCCGUCCACACCAACAUCGCCGCCCUGCUGCCACAGACCCUGGCUCACGUCAACGCCUACCUGGGGGCCUCGUCCUCCACCUCCACACACCCCCACCUCAAACACAUCGGCUGGUUGGCCGAGCAGGUGCAGCUGGAGGGCGGCCGGCAGCAGUACCGCCCCCUGGUGAUGGCCCUGACGGAGAAGGACAUCCUGCUGUUUGAGUCGGUGCCCUGGAACAGAGAGUGUUGGUCCAUGCCUCUGCUCACACACCCACUGCUAGCCACCAGACUGGUCCACUCGGGCAGUGCCCGGGAGUCCCCCGCCCCGGGGGCCGACCUGGUGUUCGUCACGCGGACGGGGACGGGCCGGGGCAUCGAGUCGCACCUCUUCCGGGUGGAGACCCACUGGGAUCUGUCCUCGUGGACGCGGGCGCUCGUGCAGGGAGCGCACGCCGCCGCCGAGCUCAUCAAGGAGGUCUCUAUCGGCUGCACGUUGAACCGGCAGGACGUCCGGCUGACGCUGCACUACGAGAAGGGCUUCACCGUGACCAGGGAGCAGGUGGAGCCGUCGGGCGGCGCCGUGCUCUUCAGGUACCCCUACGAGAAGCUCAAGAUGUCUGCUGACGAUGGAAUACGCAACCUCUACCUGGACUUCGGGGGUCCAGAGGGAGAAAUGGUGUUUGACCUCCACUCGGGUCCGAAGCCCGUGGUGUUCGUCCUCCACUCCUUCCUGUCGGCCAAGCUCACUCGCAUGGGGCUGCUGACGUGAAGCGACGGCAGCCUGGCUGAGAGGACGGGCCCAGGCAGAGCGGGGGGGGGGGGGGCUGAGAUGCCCCGGAGAUGCUGAUAAAGAAGGGGGGGGGGGGGUGUUAACGUCUUAUAUUUUCCAGUUUCAAAAAUGUGCCUUCUCCUCCAGCUUCUCCUUGACCUCCUGCGAGAACAGUAGGCGGCACUUUGCUGCGAGUCAGUUUCAACACACGAAGCUGCAGUAUUACACGUCUCAUAGGACUCAGAGUCUCAACCUGAUACGUGACACUUCCAGCAAAGAUACUAAGGACGUCUCUGUCAGACCAUGAAAACCCAGCCGAGCUCUGAUUGGUGGACGCUCCCUGGUUUCUACUCGAUGCCUUUCAUUCCUCGACAGCCUUCUAAUGUGCUUUGGGCUCUUUUCAAUGUGUUUCUGUGGUGGCGUGUGUGCGAUGCUUUAGGGUCAGAAUGCUAAAGGAGCAGAGAUUGUGUGUGUGUGUGUGUGUCUGUGUGUGUUGGCUUGAUAGUGCGCCUGCUGUCUGACAGACUCACCUUUUAGCACAUUCUCUCAAACUACUGUUUAAUCAGGAUCGCCGCCUGUGCCUUUCCACACGGAGUCAGAGACGCUCGGAUUCUCUUUUCCUUUUAUUUCUCACAAUCAGAGAAUUUGAAGCUUUUUAAAAUGCACGAGCUGUAGUUUCAUAGUUAGAGUUUAUACAACAUGACUUUGUUUUUGUGUCACCUGUGUAAAUCUCCCUGAAGCUCGACUUCCUGUCGUUGAAUCUGACGAGAGGGCGUGUCACCUCCACAUCGUUCCACCUUCCUUCAGCUUCCUCGUCUCUUCGUUCAAGGUGACAGAGGAACCUGGCUUUUGAUAUUCUAAAUGUUAUCAGCCAUUAUCUUCCAAAUACAUGCAAAGAUGGUGACACGGGCUGAGAUGGCAACAAAAGGAACAGAUUUAGAGCUGUUAAUCUGUUGUUCUUAUUUCUUUUUAUACUUUCACAGAGGAUAACUCAAAGUUCCCUUUUCUGAGAUAAACCUGCUGCUUCAGUAUUAUCAUCAUGAGAAAUUAUUCAUUCCAUUUUCUGCAUCGAGGGACCAAUUUGAUAUACGAGGCUCUGAGAUUUGAUUCUGUUUUAUAUGUGAGUCUGUGAACAGAAGUAAAGGAAAAGGAUGAGGUUCAACACACAGAUACAUUAUUUAAAAUGUGAACGUUAGUCAUGAAAACGUUUUUGUGAGAGAAACAACAGUAGUAACAUUUACCAUCAUUAAACCUACUAUUAAGAGCUGAUUGUAAAAUGAUGGAUUAUGAGCCCAGAUGAACGUACAGUGAGAUUCAUGUUGAUAAAACUCAGCUUCAGGAAAACUCUCCUGUCCUCAGAGGAGAAACGUGUUACUCUGAUGUUCUUAUGAUGGUUUAACAACUUAUAUAUCUCUAUUAAAAUGUGUUGCUUGUUUUGAAAGCACAUGUGUAACCAUGUAGUUCAUAGAGCUUUAUUCAGCUCCUCCAGCCGACAGUUAAUCAGUGGCUGCAGAUUCUCUUCUUAUGAAACACACGUGCAGAAGGUUUGAGUUUUAUUUGGCCUGAAAUGAAGUUUUCUUACUGCAACAGUAAAGUGUUGUGUUCCAUCAUCCUUCUUUACUUCACUUCUCAUGUUAAUCCGGUUUCUGACCCGCUGCUUGGAUCUGAUGGUCUGAAGUGAGUCAGACUUCAGGAAGCUCCCGGCCGUCCCCCUUUGAGCUCAAUGCACUAAUCAGUCGAAGCCCUUUUCUACGUGUGAAUGUAAACCUCCUCCUCCCAGCGACUCUUUUGUAUUCUCCUCUGUAUUCCUGACCUGGUGGCUGUCCUGUCUAUGCAACGCUUCAAAGAAGAGUUUUCUGAACCAAAGGUUAAAAACAAUCUGUGGCAGCUUGCGUCCGACACAAUCAUUACACGGAAAAGUCACAAUAGGAUCAAAUGCUGCUGCAACAACCUGUCAUAUGCAAAGUAUUUUAGACUUUCCAAGUUACAGUAUAAAAUGUAUGAUAGUGAUGUAAUAACCUGAAGUGUAAAUAUCCACCAAUAAAACUGUAUGAAUUAUA